CCUUCCACUCACCUCAGUCCCCCAGCGAUUGCAGUCCGCCGGAGUUUGAGCGGCUGGCUGUCGAUGCAAUCGCGUAGUUUCUGAUAUCUUGAGUAGUGAAUUAGGUGUGUUGUUGUUGGUUUCUGUGUGUUUCGGGAGACAAGGGAAUGUAUGCCAAGGUUUUGGUCUCUUGUAGGGUUGCAGCAACUGCUUUGGCCGUACAAUCCUAUCCUGGAAAGGCAGACCAAUUGCAGUUCCAGAAGACGUGGUCUGCGCUUGACUCAGUGGGAACUGGUGCUACCGUCUGCUUCCCCACUGCCCUUCUCUCCCUCUCUCGCUCCAAAGCACGCCUGCCUAGACCCCCUGGAUAGGUCACUUGUCUCUUGUUCUUGUUUUAGUUUUGCCAUUUGUAAAUAUAUUUACAAGUCAGCAUUUACAUGUCUGAGUUCAGUGCUGCUGUUCACAGAGUCAGAAACAACACGGUAGACACCAUUCUCGUUCCCAUAAUCCUUUUUCGGGUCUACUUAAUGGCGGGGCCUUGGCACGAGACAGCCCUCUGCAGGCAGGCUCGUCAUUUUCGCGCCAAGGCCCCACCGGCUAAGAGACGCUAAAAGGGCUAUGGGAACGAGAAUGUGGAGAGUUAUAAGUAACGUCUAAAACCGAUUGGCGUAGUCCGGUUGUCUCGGAUGGUGGGAGUCCCACUGGACACAGGGUUUCUGCUAUCUUGAGUAGUUAAUAAAAAAAUAGAUAAAAAUAAAAUAAACAUAAGACCGACUUAUCUAACGCUAAAUUGCCAGUCCAAUCGCGCUUUACCAUACCCGAGUAUAAACAAACUGGUAACGUUGCAAAUUAGGAAAAUUAAUAAUAAUAAAGUAACUCUGCUACAAAAUCCCCUUAUAAUCAGCAACUGUACUUAGAAAGGAGAGUCGGAGAGAUUUGAAAGCGUCCGGGAUAGCAUAGUGUUGAGGCCCUAUUACGGGUUUUCGGGAUAGGGAAUUUUUAUUAACGGGGUACGGGAUAUUUUGGGGGAAAAUUAGUGGCAUGUUUUAGAUGACAUAUAACAGGAUGUCGAGUUGUAAAAUCGUUAAUUUUUACAACUGGAAUUAACGGGAUAUUUAGGCCCAAAAUUAACGAGAUAUGAGAUACUCAGGCCUCCCCUAAGUGGGCCUCAGUAUUGGAGCAGAAACUGAGAAUGCCCUAGGAAUUAAGUUCCUCCUACUAGUCCUACAGUGUUCUAAACCCCUAAAGUAAUUAAAGUAAUACAAUAUUUAUUUAAAAUGUCUUAACCUCUGAGGUAGAAAUGUCUUUGUCCUAACAAAACCAUUCAAAUUGCCCUAACUCCCUGGAGAAAAAAAGUCCCCAAAAGAAUUGAAGAUCAUUGAAUUAUUAGUUUCACUCUCGUUCUCUAUAACUUCCUGCGUUUCCAACCUUUCCCCUUCAGUAUUGAAAGAAUCCCUCAACUUGGGAUUAGGCGCGCACGAUCAGACUUCUUAUUACUCCCACCAUGAGGGUCCGAGAUUAGAGCAAAAAUCUUCUCUACCAUUGGUAGGUGAGUAGCAUCUGUGCGGGGGACUAGUGAGGAUAACUUUGGGAAGGAAACUGGGCGCUAAAAGAAAAGUUUACUUUGUGUUGGAGCGAGGAAAAGGUGAGGCGUCGAGGUUUGUGUAAAAAGCUGCUUUCAUUUUAAUGAUUUAUCACUCACUCGAACUCCUUAGAUUCCUCAAUAAUGGACGACACUCUGAGUCAAUUCAUUGAAAAAACUGGAACGGAUCCCAGCUUAGCAAGGGACUUGCUCGAAAGUACAAACUGGGACGUGGACGAAGCUUUAAGAGCUUUUGAAACGCUGUCUUUAGGUUCUGCUGUGAGGCACAACGAAAACAUAAGCGGUGAUAAUAACCGAGUUACGUGUGGAAAAGCUAAAAGAGGACUUUCAAUGGUAAAUGCCGACAUAGUCGUUGAAGCUAGGUCUAAAGUUAUUGAGGACAAGGUACCAGGCACAGAUGAUAGAUACGAACGCUUUGAGGGAAUGUCUGAUUUCACUUUCGUUUUGCCUGAUUUAUCCAACUUCUCUGAGGAACUGAGCGACUUCCUUCGCAGGGACUUAAUUGAAACCUCGGCUUUAGUGGCGCUGGAGCAAGCAGGACGGUUAAACUGGUGGGCUGAUGUGGGUGUUGGCCAACGUCUCCUUCCUCUCGCAACUGUGGGUGAUGGAAACUGUUUAUUACAUGCUGCUUCUCUUGGAAUGUGGGGAUACCAUGAUCGCUUGUUAACCCUGCGUAAGGCACUGUAUGGUACGCUCACAAGCCACUUGGCCAAGGGAGCUAUCAAAAGACGCUGGCGACUGCAACAGUGGGAGAAGAACAUAAGUGCUGGUGGUCUGCUGUACUCGGAAGAUGAGUGGGAGAAAGAGUGGCAAGAGGUGUUACGAAUUGCCUCUACCCAGCGUAGAUUAGAUCAUGAGCAAAAGGCAAUGGAAAGUAGGAAAGGAGGAGAAACAGUAGCAACUCUAGCCACUAUAGCAGAGAAGGACAGUGACGACACAUCUGAUGGUCCUGGAAAAGAGGACAUGACUAGCAAAGUUGACCAAUCAGAGACAGGAAAGCAAGAGGAAGGGAAAGAUAAUUUGGAAUGUCGAAGUUACUCUUCUUCACAAGAAGGACUGAAUGAGACUGAGACUGAGGGAGGGGCUUUUGAAAGCCUUGAAGACGUUCAUGUCUUUGUCCUAGCGCAUGUUCUGCGACGUGCAAUUAUAAUCAUAGCUGACCAGUUUUUGUAUGGAUUUGAAGGUGAGCCUAUUGCACCCAUUCCAUUUGGAGGGGUGUACCUUCCACUGGAAUGUGACCCCAGUACUUGCUUGAAGAGCCCCUUAGUGCUUGCUUUCGAUUCAGCGCACUUUUCACCUCUGGUUCCAAGUGAUGAAAAGAAAGACACCAAGAGUGAUUGUUUGAAAGCCUCUGUGCCUCUUGUUGGACCAAACUAUGAGUUGCUACCAAUUCAAUUCUCUGUAGAUCCUGGGGAAGAUUUUUUGUGGAGCAGCCUGGAUGACGAUUCUAGCAUUGUAGAGAAAUUGGCUCUGAGUAUGGAUAAAAAGCUAGAGCUUUUGAAGAAAUAUUUAGAUGUGGAUUUGAUUAAAAUACCAAGUGCAAGCAAGAAAGAUACUUCUGAAGAUAGCAAGUCAACAGUCAAAGGCGAGAAAUCAUCCGAGGCAGGAAGCAGUGAUGGUGGAGUCAAGCCUGAGAAAAAAUUGUCUUCAAAAUCUGUUGAAAAGAAGGAGAAGUCUUGGAUUGCUACACAAAUUCUGAAAGUGGGCACUAUGGCUGGAGUCGUGGGAGGUGUGGUCCAUAGUGAUAUUUAUGUUGCAAAACUGCAAACAGACAAGAAACCGGAGUACUAUGACAAGAUGAUGGAAAAUUAUAUUCAGUCUGCGAAGCUCCGAUUUGAAGAGGAAAAGAAAUCCCAAGUGAAAACUGACAAAGGUACAGGAAAUACCGGAGAGAAACCUCAGCCAUGUAUCAGUCCUGGUUGUCAGCUGUAUGGGACUUCAGCUACAAAUUACCUUUGUUCUGGUUGCUUCAAGACUCAGAAAUCUUACAGUGAAACAGGCCGCUAUCUUGACGGCUCAGCAUCAGCUGGUGGCAGUUCAUCUGUGUCAAAUUACGAUAAUAGUGGUUUACGAAGUUACUGGCCACCCCCUGCAUACUCUGCGUAUGUUCCUUUUGCGUAUUUUGGAGAUCGUACUGGGCCAACACAAAGUCACAAUACUUCAACUUUAGAUCAAAGGACUAUGCAGUCAAGCAGGGAAGGUCAAGCCAGUCCUCCUUCAUAUGACGAAGCAAUGAAACUAAGUAAAAGUACAGCAUCUAGUCUGCCAUCUGGUUCUGCUGUCAAGCUUGAUUCAUUUGGUGAUAGUGCAGGAAAAGGUCACAGCUCUGCAGGGCAAUCUGUCAUCAAUUGCACUAACAGAGACUGCCAGUUUUAUGGUAGUCCAGAAAACAAGGGAUAUUGUUCUAAAUGUUUCAAAACAUAUAGAAAGUCAUUGAAGUAUAUGAUAGAAGAAAAUGAGGCAUCAAAACAUAAAGUCAUCUGAGAUGGAUACGUCACUGUUUUUUACUCAUUUGACCUUGCUUCUGAAAUGUUUUAUUGUAGUCUGCAGGUUGCUGGUACUGUAGUUAAGUAAUAGCAAUUCCAUGUUGUCAGACGCCAACCACACAGAAACGUAAGCAAAAGCUCACUCACUGCAGGGCUCAAAAAAAAUGUGGUGCUGUCAUGGACAAGCAGGUUUUUCUUCUUACUUACCCAAUGGGAAAGGAUCCAUGCAAGUUGUCUCCCAACUAAGGCGAAACAAAAGUAAACUUAAACUUGCCCAGGGCAAAGAAAAUGUGAAAGCUGCUUGUUCAAAGUGCAAGGUGGAAUCAAAUUUCUUUUUUGAGCCCUGCACUGGCAUUGAAAUGCAUUAAGAGAGUUUCUAUGAACAUGCCACAGAACGCUAAUAGGAACACAUUCUUACCAAGUGGAAGACAUUCUUUUAUGUUUUCAUUAAUUUUUAUGUGCUUCUUAUCUAGAGUUUGUUGCAUUAUGUUUGUUGAGUAUUUUGUUACUUAAAAAAGGAGUUACAAGAUGAAGGAUUUUGGAAGAAAAAAACUUUGAAACCUUCAAAAUA